GCGCGAAGGAGAAAAAUGAGCCGAGUAGACCUCAGUCCUUUUGGAAGAGCACUUCGAUCCACAUGUGAGUCAUCGAAAGAAAGAGAAAAAAGAGAAGAUUUCUACUCAAGUUUGAUCCCGAAUUUCUGCCUUUAUUCUCCUCGGCAUUCUGCCAGGGAACCUUAUACUAGUAGAACUAUGUCUGAUGAUAAGUCUUUGGAAGAUUUUUUUGCUAAAAAGAAAGCUAAAAAGGGUAAGAAUAAGAACAAAUUUACGACCUCGGAUGUAAUUACCAAGCAAGUCAGCCAACCCAAGAAAGAUGAAUCCAAAGAUCAAAGCAGUAAAAAAUUUGCAGCAACAAAUCAGGCUAUAUCAGGAAAGGAGGAUGAAGAAUGGAUAGAUUUCCAGCAACCACAGGAAAAGGACUAUUCUGGCUUAAGAAUAGGGACACUACAAAUAUCUGAUAAACAGGAACAAGAAGCAAAUGAAGAAGAGGAGAGAGAAGAAUUUAAUGAAGAUGGUGAACUGUUAGCUAAAAAAGAAAAGGCUAGUCCAUGGCAGCAAGCUACAGCCCAACAAACAGUCCAAGCAAGUAAGCCCGAGGAAAAAGAAAUGCCUAACGUAGUGGGAAAUGUUUACCGUCCACCAGGAGCAUAUAAGCCACCAGGAAUGAGAAAUAAAUUAGCAAUGAGUGGAGGGGUCAAGGGGAAGGCUCCUGAAAUCAAUAGUGAGAUUGCAUUUCCAUCACUACAAGCAGCAGUGCAGGACAGUAAAAGCAAGGAGCCAGCUGGAAGUAGAAGCUUUGAGACGGUAAAACAUGGCUCUAGAUCAUCAGAUAAUCCAGUUGACAGAAGGCCCAAGCUGGACUUGGAGAACAAGUAUGAUGCACUGAGACGAAGCUAAGUGCAUAAACACAAUGACACCCAACAUCAUUGCUGGUAUCCAAUAAACAAACACAAACUGGAAUUGAUGAAAAGAAAUAUGGAUUGCUAUUUUUACUGGUGAUGCAGACUGGAUGGACACCCCUGCUGAAUGUAGCUGAACAUGUUUUGAGAGAAAGACAAAUUGUCAAAAAACUAGAAGUGAUUGGUCAUGUUAGAGUACACUAAUAUGAUAAAUGAAGUAACCAGAAAUGUAUAUAAACUUAACUAAAUACCUUAUGAAAGUAUGUAUUCUUUUUUUGAUUUGAUCUUCAUGAAGUGGGUGGCUUCUCACCUUUUCUUCACA